AUGGCGGACGAUCUAUCCCAUGACGAAGCUCCCCUCGAGAUUUCAUCCCAGUUAUCACCUCCGGCAGAGAUGGAGGCGGAUUACCGCUGGGAGUACGCCCCUUCAAUCCGAUGGCAUACUAUCCCCAAACACAUGUACUACCACCUGGGGGAGGACUCUCACUCCAUUAGGGGCUAUGGAGCCACAACAACGAGGGAUUGGUAUCUGGACCUCGCUGCAGGCGUUUGGCUCUAUGACUGGGGAGGAGCUGGCCUCGCCAUACUAUAUAGCUACAUGACCUCGACAUCCUGCAGGAGGGGAAACAAGGUUGGAGGCAGAGCAGCAGGUGUCCUCAUAGCAGGUGGGAAUCGAGCAACGAGGGCUAGGACUAGAGGGACUCCUCCCGCUGGACAAGCCACUGGUUCGCCAGAGACCCCGACCAUGCUAACAUGCUGGAGGUCGAUCGGGAUGGCCUACCAAAUUCCGAUCGAGCCGGCGGAGGCCAGGCAUAGAUACGUCAGAGGUCGCGAUGUACCUUCGGCACCCCCGGAGUACAUUAAGGAACUGCUCGAGCUACUGGCUUCCUUCGAGGGCAUGAUACUGAAGAGGGAGGCAUUGCUCAGUCUCCAUGGCAUCCAGGUUCAGGUCAUACCAAGAGCACCAGCAACGGCGACUGCACCUGCACCAUCACCACGUCCUUCAAUAGCAAAGGGAAAGGAGAGAUGGGCCCCAGCACGCAGCCGAGAGGAGCGUCAUGAUCGAGGCUGA